AUGCCGUUAACCUUACAACAAGGAAAAAAGGCAGUUUUUAAAGCAAUGGUGAGUGGGGUUCCAGCACCGAAAGUAAUUUGGACAAGGAAUAAGGACGACAUGAAUGAUGCAGAGAAGUACAAAGUCAGACUGGAUGAAAGAUCAAAGGAGUACAUUCUAGAGGUUCCGGAUGUGCAGCCGGAGCAAAGCGAUACGUACAAAUGCACUGUCACCAAUGAAUUUGGAGAAGCUGUCAGUACAGCCAUUCUAAAUGUAAUCCCAGUGAAAGCGAAGAAAACGGGUGACAAUGAUGAUCAAGGACCACAAGAUUUCCGUUCAAUGUUGAAGAAAACGGCGGUAAAGACCAAAAAGAAGCCGCUUCCACCCCCCAAAGAGGGCGAGAUCGACCCAAAGCUGCUGGAGCUGCUUCUCUGUGCCCCGAGGAAAGACUAUGAGAAAAUCUGCUAUGACUUUGGUGUCACUGACUUCCGCUGGAUGCUCAAGAGACUCAAACAGUUGAAGAAGGAAAGAGAGGAUGAGCAGGCCAAGGUUGUGGAGGCAGUGGAAGAAGUUAAACAAAUUGAAGUGAACCCCAAUGGAAAAGCUGAAUUUAGCGUCGAUAUGAAGCUGUUAGAUCCCAACAGUGCCAUUAACUUGUACAAGGACGGUGUUCUGGUUUCAUACAGUGACGAUGAAAACGCAAAGCACUGUUUGAAACGAGACGGAACAAAGUAUGUUUUCAGCAUCAAAGAUCUUAAACCAGAAGACGCUGGUUUCUAUCAGCUCGAUGUGGAAGACGCAAACGUACUUACAACAGAUUUUAAAAUCCCCGCUGUAGAGUUCGCUGCUCAGCUCAAAGAUGUGAGAGUGUUUGAAGGCGAGGAUGCAGUCUUCCAGUGUGUCCUGUCCACGCCUCUGAACAAAAUCACUUGGUCCUCAGAGAAAGGUUCACUUAACGAUGAGGACAAAUAUGAGAUCACAGUGUCUGAGGACAAGCUCACGCACACCAUGAAAGUGAAAAAAUGUGAGAUUAAAGACACUGGGACUUACUAUGGGAUCGCUGGGAUCACGUCGAGUAAAGCCUCUCUCACAGUUGAAGUUGAUCCAAAUGCCCAAAGAGGUCAACAAGGAGACAAAUCAGGAGAGGAUCUUUCACACUUACAGAAAGGUGAUGUUGGAACAAGUGACGAUGGAUCUGGAGGAUCUGGAGGAAAAACUGAGGGGGAGGAUGGAGACGGUAAAGACAAGAACCUUCUGGGAGAUGAAAAUGAUACAGACAAAGAUGGCGAUGCAAACAAAGACGAUAAAAAGAAGAGCAGAGCCAAGCCCCUGGUCCCAGACACAACAACAGAUUGUACAAUUCAGUUUGUCAGUGGAUUGUCCGACACAACAGCUAAUGUUGGAGCGAGAGUGGAGCUGUCCUGUAAACUCAGCAGUGAAACAGCGGCGGGAAAGUGGUACAAAAACGGGAAACUGCUAACAGAGGAGGAUGGAGUAACAAUCGUUAAAGAUGGAGCAUGCCACAGGUUGAUUAUUAACUGCUGCAGUAAAGAGGAUGCAGCGGUGUAUUGUUUUGAAGCUGAAGGACGAAAAUCAGAAGCUACUCUCACUAUUCAAGAUCCACCCAAAAUUGACUUGGAUGCUUUAGGCAGAUUCUCCCAACCCGUUAUAAUCAAAGCUGGAGAAACUGCAGAGUGGAAACUGCCUUUUUCAGGGGGUGCUCCAAUAACCGUUCAGUGGUACAAAGAAGACGACAAGCUUUUACCAGGCUUAAAUGUGAAGAUUGAAACUUCCGAGACCGAAAGCCAACUGCGUCUCACAAAAUGCCAAAGAAAAGACAGUGGGGAGGUGAAGCUCAAGCUGAAAAAUGAGUAUGGAACUUUUGAAGCAAUUUCAAAACUUAUUGUUCUUGAUAAGCCGACGCCACCACAGGGGCCUGUUGACAUUAUGGAAAGUGCUGUGACAUCAGUUGAAUUUAAAUGGAGGCCACCAAAGGACAACGGCGGCUGUCCCAUUGUCAGCUACAUGAUUGAGCGUCAACAAAUAGGCCGUAAUAAAUGGACCAAUCUGGGAGACUUUCCUGGCGGCAAUCCAAGCUACAAGGAUUCGGAUGUGGAUCCAGGAAGGAGGUAUUGUUACCGUAUCCGAGCCAAGAAUGCAGAAGGCAUAAGUGAUUACCUGCAGACGGAGGACAUACCAGCUGGUGUGCUGCGUUAUCCUGGUCCACCGUCAGCACCAAAGGUUGUUAGUGCUUUUAAAGACUGUAUAAAUCUGACCUGGUGUCCUCCCUGUGACACUGGAGGAACCAAAAUAGUAGGAUACAACCUGGAAAAGAACAAGAAAGGCAAUAAUUACUGGAGUUUGGUAAACCAGGGAGGGCCAAUUAAAGAUACAAAGUUCUCUGUUAAAGAUGUCAUUGAGGGAGCAGCAUAUGAGUUUAGGGUUUCAGCCAUUAACCUGUCAGGGCCUGGAGAUCCAUGUCUUCCAUGUGAAACGGUUUACGCACGAGACCCUUUGAAACCACCAGGCAAAGUAACCGAACUUAAGCUAGCCUCAUCCAGCUACACAACCUUCUCUUUGGCCUGGAUUAAACCUAAGGAAAUCAAAGAGGUGCAAGACGAAGCCCAGGGGUACUUUGUGGAAAUCAGACCUAUUGAAAGCCUUGACUGGACCCGCUGUAAUAGCACUCCAAUUACUCAAACUUCUUACACAGUGCUUGGCUUGAAGGCAAUGGCCACAUACUGGCUCAGAGUAAUUGCCACUAAUUAUGGAGGUGAUGGAGAACCUCAGGGCUUUGACAACUACUUCAUCGCCAUGCCACCUCCUGUAAGACCCAAGUUCAAGAACCGCAACAUGAAGACCUUUAUGGUGGUGCGACUUGGGUAUACAGUCAGACUCAACAUCUGCUUUGAGGCCUCCCCUAUGCCAGACAUCACAUGGCUAAAAGAUGGGCUCCCACUGGGAAAACACGUCACCAUCACUAACUCUGACAAAGGCUCUCAGCUGCUUAUUCCAGUGUCCGAACGGAACGACACUGGCAUCUACACAAUCAUUGUCAAGAACAUAGUUGGCCAAGAAAGCUUCAAUGUUGAGGUCCGAGUUACAGACGAGCCGAAGCCUCCAGGUGUGGUGGAGCUAAUGCAGAACACCCCGGGCACUGUGACCCUGUCCUGGACUUCGUCUCCAGAUGAGAUCAGAGACGACAGACUGCACUACACAGUGUCUAAGAGAGACUCCUUCAAACGAACAUGGAGGACUGUCGCGGACAACCUCUACAACAACAGGUUCACUGUGGUCAACAUCCUGCCUGGCAGGGAGUACAACUUCAGGGUGUUUGCCAAAAACGAUAUGGGACUUUCUGUGCCCUGUACAUCGCCGCCUUUUGAAACACAAAAGAAGAAAGAGAGGUUCUCUGUGAAAAUGCAAGAACCAUUUUCCUUGGAUCUCCAGUCUCCUCCAUCGUUCAUCGUCCCAUUGAAGAUGCGUACAGCUCCGCAGGGCUACGAGUGCUGCAUGAGCUGUGCAGUGAAGGGCGACCCCCCUCCCAGAGUCACCUGGUACAGGAACAACCUGAGCCUCAACACCAACACCAACUACUACAUCACCAACGUGUGCGGCGUCUGCUCACUGCUUGUGCUGCAUGUGGGGGCCAAGGACAGCGGCGAGUACAAAGUGGUCCUGGAGAACACGCUUGGAAAGGCUGAGAGCUCUAUGAUCCUGAAUGUCAGAGAAUAA